CAAAACAAAAGGAUAUACGGUAGAAGUCGGAUAUGCCCACACUUUUACCUUGACUCCGUGACCGCAACUUGUACGCUGUUGUUGUAACCUUUGCGCAAAAGUUUUUUGAUUGCUGAGAGCCGCAGCCGACUUGAAGCAGCAGAACCAUGUAUGAAGAGUUGGUUCUUAACGCAAUCUUGGAUGAGGAUGUUUCGCCACAAAUUUUACUUGAAAAACUCAAUAAUGAACUUCGAUCUGGAAGCGCAGAUAUUCGUAGUUAUGCUUGGUUUCAUGGUAAAGUUCCUCGAAACGUUGCUGAAGAUUUAGUCAUGAAAGAUGGAGAUUUUCUUGUUCGUGAAUCAAUAACUAGUGUCGGAGAUUAUGUUCUCUCGUCCAAGUACAAAAGUGCAUACUACCAUUUCAAAAUCAAUAAGAUUACCGUUCAACAUACAACAACAUAUUCAACUACUCAGUAUUGCUUAGAACAGCAUUCAUUCGAAUCACUUCCAGCUCUUGUGCAUUAUUAUGUGGAACAGAAACUACCAGUUUCCAAAAGAACAGGCGUCAUAUUGGGACAACCAGUGAAUAGAUCAGUGCCUGUUUCAUACUCUGAUGUAAAAUAUGCUUCACUGCGUCGCCAACCUAAAGGAAAUGCAACACAAGUUGUUUCAACUACGAGAUCACCUGAUGGUAUAAUGAAUGCAGCUCAGCAGCCGACUCCUGCUGUAAGAAGUCCUGUAUCACAGAUUCCACCCCAUCAAAGAAAAACAAGUGACCCAUUACCAAAUCUACCAGAUUGUGGAGCUCUAAAUUAUAACGGACAAACUUCUCCGAAUUCAAAUUAUCCUAUGUCUCCUGGAUAUAGUAAUACUUCUAGCCCAUUUCCUUUAAAUAUUUUUGAUAACAAGGAGAAUGUUACAUCUCCAAUACAAAGGCAAAAGGAUAAUGAAGCACAGAUUUGUGUUGUGAACCCAGUCACAAAUCGACCAACGAGUCAGGUGGAUUUGAGCAUCAAGAAUCAUGGACAGAAUGUCCCGAGAUCAGGAUCUGAUCCAAUGCUCAGUCCUUCAAAUCUUAAAAGUCGUGCACUUCCUGGUUCUCAUAAUAUGAAUAACAACAACUCUAAAUUCAAUUUUCAGCAUAACAAUGAAGAGAUCGUUGGAACGCCCAAAAGGAAGCCUGUUCCACCGAAACCAAGUCGUGUUCCAUCGUUGAGAAACCCAACUGUAAAAGGUCCAGUAGUUGCAGUUGGACCUGAUAAUUUUACCAAUCGUCUAAAUUCUACUAAAAAUUCGGGCAAACAUCCAGCUCUGACAGAAGUGCCAGAGUCUGUUGAUGAAAAAGUGAAGACUAAUAUUAACUUGAGAAUAAAAUCUUCACCUGGGAAAAAUGUUAAUGAUGCUGCCAGUAAGCGUAAAAGAGCAUCAUGUUUCAAGCCUAUGCAGUAUCAGUGUACAAUGUUAACUAAUGAGAACCCACCAUUGGAACAGAAAGCACUUAUAGAGCUGACAAAAAUACUUCAGACAGAAGAUCCUUUUAAAUUAGCCAGACAUAUGACGGUUAUUGACUGCAAGGUAUGUCGAAUUUUGGAAAAUGAUUUUGGACGAAUUUUUCUUCCACAUGCAUCUCAACUGAGACAAGAUAUUAUAGAAAGGUAUCAAUGUAUAGCUUUCUGGGUUGCAAUAUGUGUUGUGAAAUGUGCUAAUGGAAAGGAUGAGCGAGCAGUAUUGCUCAAUACUUUUAUUCAAGUUGCAAAUGAGUUGGUGCAUAGCAUGGGCAAUGUUUUUGGAUUCUCAGCAGUUAUGCAUGGUCUUACAUGCCCUCAGAUUUCAUCAUUAGAAACAUCUUGGGUAUCACUGCGUGCUAAGUUCACAAACAACGCGGUCACAUUUGAUAAAAAGUUGAGGCCAUUGUUGCGUCUCUUGGAUGAGGGCAAAGGACAAAUUCGUUUGUCCACCACAUGCAUACCUCACAUUAUGCCGCUGAUCAGACUUUUGGAAAAUCCAGGACCUGGAGUUCCUCACUUAGGUUCGGGUGAAUCAAUGUCCAAAAAAUUUGCUUCGUUUGGUUCAUUGUUGGAUCGAAUCUCACCUACAAGUUCAAUUGGAAAAGAAGAUUCACUGAGCUUACACAGCACUGAAAAAGAUGGAGAUAAGACUGACUGGUGGGAAAAUAUUCCUGAUGAAAGUUUUGAUUCUCUGCUAGCACAUCUUAUUUCUGGUCGAUCCAUCUUACACAAUGUAGAAAAUUGCAAGAAAAAUGCCAAUUCAAAACUGAUAGAUUUUGUUGAGACUGAAAAAGUUCGGGAAAUGUUUACGACCGACUUUCAAAUGAGGAUGUUAUUUGGUUUCAAAAGUGCCGAGUCUCCUAGACGUGAUCGCUUCCAUAAAUUUGAUAGAAUUAUAACUGCAAUGUUAAGGCAUAUUGUGGAUUAAUCUGUUACUAAUAAGUCUUAAAAAAUAAAACUUUUGCCACAUUUUCUAUGAAUUAAUUAAUGCUCAAUGUAAUUCACAGCAGCAAUUUCUGCAUAGAAUGCAGAGCCACAAUAAGGGGCUGCCUGUAUAUGCCAAAAUAACGAAAAUAUUGUGUCAUUGCAGAAAAUAGUCCUUUUAAAAUGUUCCACCAAUGUGAUAUUUUUGUACUGAUACUGUCAACUGGUAUUUAAAUUUCAUUUGAUUAAAUAGGUCAUUUAAAAAAUUUUCAAUAUCCAUUGUGCUUUAUAUAAUACUAUGUAAAUUUGAGAUAUAACGGUCAAUCUUUAUGUUUGGGAACUGUUGCGAUUUGAUUUAUCUUAAAAUGGAAUUUUUAGCAUUUUUGAAUUCAUAUAUUCUUACUAUUUUUCUAAAUUGUAUCGGUUAUCAUUGUGCUCAUUUGAAUCUUAAUUCUGAUUAUGGUAAAAUGCUUUAAUUCACGGUUCAUUGUGUGGUACUUAAGAGAUGUUCAUAUUAAUAUGCUGCCAAUCCAAUCAUUUAUAUUUUUGUACUUUUUACAUGUAGUGUGUGAAAUCUCUAAUCUUGCACUUACCAAGAUAUGUAUAAUAUAAUGAUGAAAGUUUUUUAAUUGUAUUUCUAAAAAGCUAUUUACUUAAUGCAUCUAACUAUUCUCUAACGCAACUCAUAUAAUUAGUAAUCAAUAAUACAAUUCAUUGUGAAAUUGA